AUGAUCGAUUCACAAAAGGAGUUUAGAAAAAGGACAACGACACGAAAUGAAUCGUCCAGGGAGUCACGAACGCGCGUUCGCAACGCGACCUUCCCCCAACCCUCGCCGGUGCCGGGCGACAACCAAAGCCCUCGUGUGGCCUACCAAAGAGUCUCCGUCCACGGGCUCCACACAACCGGAGUGCCUAUGGAAGAUCUCGAUCGGGCAGCCUCACUGUUGAUAGAGGCCCUGAGUAUGCGACGUCGGUACAUGGAGGUCGCUGGACAGUCGUUCCCCACCGAUCUCGCCAACUUCCUCUCCGCCCUGGACAGUUCAAGAAGCCCGGGCGGUCAGCUCUCGAGGAACUUUAGCAAGAUCUUGAGGGAAAUUGAUUCGGAAAUGUACCUACCCAUGGCCGAGGCAUCGGACAGUCUAGAGUUCCAGUACAACGAGAUCUCGGGCCAAUGGUCUACAAGCGCCGUGGAAAUGGCUGAUGCGAGUCAAAUUGGAGUUCCGGGCCAAGGGAGAGCAUCAUUUGAGAGCCAGGAAGAAGUCGCUGGAGCAGCUGAACUAAACGACGUCGACCCGUGGGCGUGCCACACUCCCCCGGACAAAAAUUACGUCUUCCGCUGGUCGGCUGGUGUGGUGCGGGUCUUCCGCAACGAGGAAGACAUGCAAGCGUCUGCGCCCCUGAACAACCAAUUCGUGAACUUCACACAAUACGUCGAGGAUCUCAGCAAGCUCGGCGAGAUGAUAUCCGAUGGGCCUCUGAAAUCGUUUUGCUAUCGGCGCCUGUGCUACCUCUUCUCUAAGUUCAAAAUGCACGUUCUUCUCAACGAGAUUCACGAGUUGGCUUUACAGAAGGCAGUGCCUCACAGGGACUUCUACAAUGUCAGGAAGGUUGACACACACAUCCACGCGGCGUCGUGCAUGAACCAGAAGCACCUGCUGCGCUUCAUGAAGCGCACUCUGCGGGAGCGCGCCGGCGAGGUGGUCGCCAUGCACAACGGCCGCCCGCGCACGCUCAAGAGCGUCUUCGAGGACAUGCGCUUGGACGCGCACGACCUCAACGUCGACCUGCUCGACGUGCACGCGGACCGCAACACAUUCCAUCGUUUCGACAAGUUUAACGCCAAGUACAACCCCGUGGGUGAGAGCAGACUAAGAGAAGUUUUCCUCAAGACGGACAACCAUUUGAACGGCCUGUACUUCGCGAAGAUAAUCAAGGAGGUGAUGGUGGAUCUAGCGGAGAGCAAGUACACGUACGUGGAGCCCCGAAUCUCGAUCUACUGCAAACGCGCCGACGAGUGGGGCAGACUGGCCGCCUGGGCCAUCGGGCACGGCGUGCACUCGCCCCACGUGCGCUGGGUGGUGCAAAUACCACGCCUCUACGACAUAUACCGGAUCAAGAAGCUGAUUAAGAACUUCCAGGAGUUUCUCAACAACCUGUUCGACCCGCUGUUCCAAGUGUCCAUAAACCCGAGCUACAACCCGGAGCUGCAUCAGUUUCUCACGCACGUUAUAGGCUUCGACAGCGUGGACGACGAGUCGAAGCCGGAGAACCCUUACCCCAACGAGGCGAUGAAGAGGCCCGACGAAUGGGACGACGAGGAGAACCCCCCCUACUCCUACUACCUCUACUACAUGUACGCCAACAUGACGGUUCUCAACCAGAUACGAAAGGAGCAAGGCAUGAACACGUUUGUGCUGAGACCUCACUGCGGCGAGGCGGGGCCCAGCGCUCACCUCAGCGUGGGUUUUCUGCUGGCGGAGAACAUCUCACAUGGGCUGAUGCUGAGGAAGUUCCCGGUGCUGCAGUACCUGUACUACCUGGCGCAGGUCUCGAUCGCGAUGUCCCCCCUCAGCAACAACUCGCUGUUCCUCCGCUACCACAGGAACCCGCUGCCCGACUUCUUCGCGCGCGGACUCCGCGUGACCCUCAGCACCGACGACCCCCUGCAGUUCCACUAUACAAAGGGGAGU